AUGGAUAUUUGCUUUAAUCUUCCAAAGCUAGAGAGGCUAUGGAUUUCAAUGAAUCAAUUAAGUGGCAACAUUCCUCCAAGCUUGGGAGCUUGCAUGAAUCUUAAACUACUUUCUCUGCAAUACAAUAAUUUUGCUGGAAGCAUUCCAACAGAAAUUCGGAAGUUGUCAAAGCUUCAAGUUCUCUAUCUCGGACAAAAUAAUUUGAUAGGAAAUAUUCUAAAUGAAAUUGGAAACCUAUUAGCACUUGUAUAUCUAGAUUUGGGGAAUAAUGGUUUCAAUGUCAAACUCAAGUUGAUCUACCCAACAAAUAAGGAAGCAGUAAAUCUUUCCAUCAUUGGUCAGUACAAUCCGGUGGUCUGCAGUGAAGAAUUUCAAUUUAGUGCUAAAACUAGGCAACAUGAUUCUCCAAAAGUGACUAAUGAUAUCAUCAGCCUCUUUGGCUCGGCUAAGAUAUUUGGAAGGGAUGUGGCCAACGCCCUUAUAGUUGAAGCACUGCAACUACUUAAGCCAGUCGAUAGAGAUGCCCACCAUUUUGAUCUUGAGGGCAAGGUAGCGAUGUUCUCUAUAUUUGAGUUUGUUCUCAUCACUGGACUGCAAUGUACAGACGAAGAAGCAGUAAGGGUUCGUAUUUCGAGGAAUAAGAGGAUAUUGAAUGAGUAUUUUCAUGGACAGACGACAGUUACUUUGGCGCAGUUGGGAGAAGCAUUAGGGGAUGCAAUUAGAUGUCAGAUAAGUUGA